UAAUACGCCAAGUUUGCUUGAAUCUCUUGACACUUUGCAUUUGCACUCACCCAUCGUGAUAACGCCACAAGAUGCCUCGGAGCAGGCACCCAUGCACCAUUUUCAGCCAUCUGGGCAGUUUGCUCCUCUGCUAACACUGAAGGAGCAACAAGCUGCCUCUUCAGCUAAUGUUGUUUUAGGGCGAGUACCCAUUCCAUCUUUAGAUACCUCUGCGUCUCGGGUUGACAACUUCAAAGCGGACGUACCAUUUUCCCCAUGUUGCACAGAGAGAAAUGAUAAAGACCUCUCGGAAGAUGAUGACACCCCCACACUCCAGUCAAGACUGAGAAAACAGAGAAAGAUUUGCUCCAAAUCCAGACAAAUAGAUCCCGCAGAUGAGGACGGCACAUUUAUGGUCAAGGAUAUGAGGGUGGAUCAGGUACAGAAUGACUUGAUUAGUGAAACACCACAUUCUGGCUCAAAUAACGGAAAUCAACUAUUACCAAAACCUUCGGGCAAAACACUGCAGAGAAAUACAGAGUGUCCCCAGUGUGGAAGGGUCCUCAGCAAUGCAUCAGCCUUGGAGAACCACAUGAGACUUCAUACUGGCGAAAGACCUUAUACCUGUUCCCAGUGUGGAAAGGCGUUUCCUAGUGUACGAGGUCUUAACCGGCACAUGAAGGUCCAUGCAGAGGAGAAACGGUAUCAGUGUGAGGAGUGUGGGAAGAGUUUUGUAUACCACUUUACCCUUACCAGCUCAUAG